AUGGGAGAUAAGCUUUUUAAUGUCAAUGAUUUCAAUGGUUUUGCAAUUCCCAAUCAUACUCUGUCUGAGAGUUUCUCAAUUGAUUCUUUUGUUACCACAUUGUCAAGGCUACCUAGCUUGAGGGUUCUUAGCUUAGUGUCUUUGGGGAUUUGGGGACCACUUUCUGAUAAGAUUCACCGGUUAUCUUCACUUGAAUUCUUAGACUUGAGCUCAAAUUUCAUAUUUGGUUCUGUUCCGCCAAAAAUAUCUACAAUGGUCAAACUUCACACUCUAACACUGGAGGACAAUUAUUUCAAUGAUACUGUCCCUGAUUGGUUGGACUCGUUAUCAAAUCUCACUAUUUUGAGCUUGAAGAACAAUCGAUUGAAGGGUCGGUUUCCUUCUUCAAUAUGCAGAAUCAAGACACUCACUGUCAUUGCCUUGUCUAACAAUGAGCUUUCUGGAAAUUUACCCGAUAUGGAUACUUUAAUCAGCCUGCGUGUAUUGGAUUUGAGAGAAAAUCAUAUAGAUUCUGAACUACCAAUGAUGCCCCAAGGAUUGGUUACAGCCCUUCUUAGCAAGAACUCAUUCUCAGGAGAGAUUCCUGCACAAUUUGGUCAUUUGGGUCAGCUUCAGCACCUUGAUCUAUCAUUCAAUUAUCUCAGCGGAACACCACCCUCUGCUUUGUUCUCUUUGCCGAACAUCAGUUAUCUGAAUUUAGCAUCUAAUAUGCUGAGUGGAGCAUUCCCUGACCAACUAAAUUGUGGUGGUAAACUUGGGUUUGUUGAUAUCUCUAAUAACAAGUUAACAGGUGAUCUUCCUUCUUGCCUGAGUAGUACUUCAAAUGAGAGAGUUGUUGAGUUCAAUGGAAAUUGUUUUUCAAUUGAUUCUCAACACCAGCAUCAGGCUUCAUAUUGUAAAGAGGCUCUUGCAAGCAGCAAACAAUCUGGAGGAAGAGAAACUGUUAUGGUAGUUGGUGUUAUCAGCGGAGCUGUUCUUGUUUUAGUACUUUUGGCAUUUGCGGUUCUUUCCUUUCGUAGAAGAUACCGUUCAAGGACAUUUGAGCACAACAUAUUUGCAAAGGCUGUGCCAGAUAAUUCACCAAAUGGUUUUUGCUCUGAGCUCAUUGCAAAUGCCAGAUUCAUAUCUGAAGCAGCGAAAUUAGAGACACACGGUGCCUCAGUAAGUCGUAUAUUUUCACUUGAACAGUUGAAGGAAGCAACAAACAACUUUGAUUUGUCUAUGUUUUUGGGUGAAGGCUCUAUGGGAAAGCUUUACAAAGGCAAGUUGGAAAACGGGACCUAUGUUGCAAUCCGAUCUCUCACUAUAUUGAAGAAAUAUUCAAUUCAAAACCUUAAAGUUCGGCUGGAUUUUCUCUCAAAGCUUCAUCAUCCUCACUUGGUUGGCCUCUUGGGUUAUUGCAUUGACAGUGGUGGACAAGAUGAUUCCAGUGGCAACAGAAUCUUCCUUAUAAAUGAAUAUGUUUCCAGUGGGAAUUAUCGUACCUAUCUGUCAGAAAACUGUCCAGAGAAGGUUCUCAAGUGGUCUGAUAGAUUGGCAAUUCUAAUAGGAGUUGCGAAGGCCGUGCAUUUUCUACAUACUGGGGUUAUUCCAGGUUGUUUCAACAACCGAUUGAAAACAAACAAUAUAUUGCUUGAUGAGCAUCGGAUUGCAAAGCUGAGUGACUAUGGGAUGUCCAUCAUCACAGAAGAAAGUGAAAAACUUGAGGCAAAGGGAGAAGGCACGAAAUCAUGGAACAGUACAAAUAUGGAGGGUGAUGUUUACAACUUUGGAUUUAUACUACUUGAGUCACUCGUUGGACCUAUAGUAAGUGGAAAAGGGGAAACAUUUCUGCUAAAUGAAAUGGCAUCGUUUGGCAGCCAAGAUGGUCGAAGAAAAAUUGUAGAUCCAAUCGUAUUGACGACUUGCUCACAAGAGUCGUUAUCAAUUGUGGUAUCUAUCACCAAAAAAUGUACAUGUCCAGAAGUGUCAGCUCGUCCGUCGUUUGAGGAUGUGCUUUGGAACUUACAGUAUGCAGCUCAAGUCCAGGCCACUGCUGAUGCUGAUCAGAGAUCAGAUUCUACGUCCUAA